GAAAAGCGCGGCGUCGUGUACAUCGGCCACAUUCCAUUUGGUUUUUACGAGCAACAGAUGCGCAGCUACUUUGCCCAGUUUGGCUCUGUAACUCGUGUGCGCGUUUCUCGUUCACCCAAGACCGGCCGCCCUCGUGGCUAUGCCUUUGUGGAGUUUCUCGAGCCUGAAGUCGCUGAAAUUGUCGCUGAAACGAUGAACAACUACCUGCUGUUCGACCGUCUCCUUGUUUGU